AUGUGUUAUUAUGGCAGCUACUUUGGAGGCCUGGGCUAUGGCUAUGGUGGUCUAGGCUGUGGCUAUGGCUGUGGCUAUGGCUGUGGCUAUGGCUAUAGCUGCUGCCGCCCACUGUGCUGUAGAAGAUACUGUUCUUAUGGCUUCUACUGA